AAUAUUGGAAUUGAAAUUAUACAAUGUAUUAAUGAGCAUAAUUUUGUCCAAACAAAAUUCAGUCCGUAAACCAGGAAAUAUGGCAACUGCUCAAGAUGCACUUACACUUUUGACAGAUGAACUUUCAGGUACUUCGACGACUAACUGGGAUCCAAAUCUCAGUAAAGAUUGGGAUAAAGAAAAGCCUACGUCCCACUGUCUUGGGAGAAUCAAAAGGGACAUGAUGAGUAUUUACAAUGAGCCACCUCCGGGGAUGUGUAUAGUACCUGACAAGGAAGAUUUUACUCUGAUUCAUGCAUUGAUCACGGGUCCAUUCGACACACCAUAUGAAGGAGGCUUUUUCUACUUUCUUAUCCGGUGUCCCCCAGAUUACCCUAUCAGGCCACCACGUGUCAAACUUGUUACAACAGGCGAUGGAAAAGUUAGAUUUAAUCCAAAUCUAUACAGGAAUGGCAAAGUUUGUCUCAGUAUUUUAGGAACUUGGACAGGGCCUGCAUGGAGUCCAGCCCAGAGUCUUUCCAGUGUGUUAAUAUCAAUACAGUCCCUCCUCAAUGAGAAGCCAUACCACAACGAACCUGGAUUUGAGCAUGAAAGAACUGGGGGUGAUGCGAAACGUUACAAUGACAUCAUCCAGCAUGAGACGUUAAGGGUUGCAGUAUGUGACAUGCUAGAAGGGAGGUGUUCCUGUCCAUCAGCCCUCAAGGUGGUGAUGGAGAAGUCAUUCCCAGAGUAUUAUGACUAUUAUGAAAGUACAUGUAAAUCACACACAUAUCUCUCUGGAUCCACUAUGCAGGACCCAUUUGGUGAAAAGCGUGGGAAAUUUGACUAUACUAAUUUAUUAAAAAGAUUAGAAGCAAUAAAACAAAGACUUGCUGAAAUGGAAGAUUUAUCAUCAGACCUAGAUGAACUGAGUAGUUCAGACACUGAGAACACGGAUAAUACAGAGCACAAUGAAACCACAGAAAGUACAGAUAAUAUUGAAAACACAUUGACAGAACCAUCCACUUCUAGUGCCCCAAACACUACUUGAUGAUGGGAAUGUACUAUAGUACACACAGGCACAUAAAUGCAAUCAUAAUAUCAAAGAUUGACAAAGGGAAGCGGACCAAGUGACCCAUAGUCAAAAAGUAUGAAUAGUCACAAGUCAAAUAUACAAUCAAGUCAUACUGUGUGAAGUAUGGGAAAAUAAAGAGUAAAUGUGAAUAAUAGCCUAAUGUAAAUCGGGAACCCUAUCAAAAAGUUUACAAAUGAGUGAACAUUGAAAUAUAUUAUAUGAAAUUAUAGGAAGUGUGUUGUUUAAUUGACUCAAACAUCACAAUCUUUCAAUGUUUAACAUUAUACUUCUAUGUACAUUAUGCCAGUCAUCUGCGAGCCAAAAAAUGACAAUUAAACAGUGGUUAUUAUUGUAGCAAAAAUGAAUGUUUUUGAAUCAUCCUGUUCCACCCCAAACCAUAUUUGGUUACUGUAGUAAUUGUCGAAUUAACAAUAUUGUAGUCAAUUAAAACUUCAAGAUGGAUAUAUGAAAAAUGAGAAUAUUUGGUAAGAAAUCCUGAUUUGAGCUUUGUAUACCAUAUCAUACACAAAUUUACAAAUUUAAUAGCCACUGAUUGCUGAUAAUCC